AUGUGUACACGAAUAAAAAAUGUCUAUGCGCCGAGAAGGCUACUCGUGCACUUGAUGAAAACUGGUGCAAAGCAAAGUGGUGCAAACCACAGAACCAGUCCUGCGAACAACAGGAAGCGGCCUCGAGAGCUGCCGCGCCCCUCGCGCGCCUUCUACGUCCCCCUGUCGUCGACGCCCCCUCCCCGCGCCGUAGUGCGGGGCCACCUGAUCCAGACAAAGCGUGUCCUUCGUGUCGCUCUCGUGACGCAUACAAGUGCAUUGCAC